ACAGUUUAGCACAGCGAAGAGUCCACAAUGGAAAGCAGGUGUAAGUUGUGCAGUGAAGAGUAGGCCUACAGAGCGACUUUAAUGUACGACAGGUGUAAAUUGUAGCCUACACAAGCGUCGGAAAUGCGACAUAUUCACAGAUAGUCCUGUUGGAACCGGAGCUGAACUGAAUGUCGAUAACGCCGCGGUCAAGAAGUUCGUUCUUACGCCAGGGAAAAGAUGAAGGCAGCAGGGCCAGGGGAGCAAAGUCAGCUGGAAAAGAGCAAGGUCUUGAAUAGGAGCUGUGCGAGUUCAGUCAUGAGGCACAGGAAGCAGCUGUACCUGCUGGCCUGCGUCCUCUUCUUCCUCAUCUUCAUCUCCCUCACGCAGAUAGAGGAGGACUGUAGCCCCGUCGUCCCUCACAACGGCUCGGCGCAGGAGAGCGGUGUGUGGCCGGAGCCGUACCGGAGGCGGCCGGAGGCGAGCGAGGAGCGGAUGUGGCCCGGGGACGACUGGAGCGCGGCGUGGGCGGUGGCCGAGCAGCUGCGGCGGGGACGCGUGUCGGAGCUCAUGCUCAGCGCCCGCCUGCGCCGCGCCAUGAGGGACCACGUGGAGUUGAACCGCUACGGAGUGGCCUUCCGCGGCCGCCGCGUGCUCACCCGCUCCCGCCGCCAGCUGCUGUGCCGCCUCAGGCGCCAGCUGUUCGGCCUCACGCUGGACGCCAGGGAGCCGCCGUUCUCCGCGCGCCGCUGGGAGGAGAUGAUGCCGAGCAGGACCCUGAAGGAGCUGUACGGAGCGCGUCUCAAGACCUGCGCUGUGGUCGCCUCCGCUGGGGCCAUCCUCCACUCUGGCCUGGGACAGGACAUCGAUGCCCAUGACGCAGUGUUGCGCUUUAACGGCGCCCCCACAGAAGGGUUUGAAAACGACGUGGGCACCAAAACCACCAUCCGCCUCGUAAACUCCCAGAUUAUGGUCCAGCCGAAAUAUGAGUUCACCACCAGCGCCCUCUACAGGAACAUUACUCUGCUAGCAUGGGACCCUUCACCAUACAAUAUGGAUCUGCUGAGGUGGUACCAAGAGCCCGACAGCGACCUGUUUACCCCAUAUGAGGAGCGGAGGCAGCUGGACCCCAACGAGCCCUUCUACAUCGUCCACCCGGGCUACAUCUGGAGACUGUGGGACUUCAUCCAGGGGAACACCAUCCAGGACAUCCAGCCCAACCCCCCCUCGUCUGGCUUCAUAGGCAUCACGGUGAUGCUGGCCUUAUGUGAGAGGGUGGAUGUGUACGAGUACGUCCCGUCGGAGCGGCAGACGGAUCUGUGCCACUACUACGAGGACUACCAGGACGACGCCUGCACCCUGGGCGCCUACCACCCGCUGCUCUACGAGAAGAUGCUCGUCCGACGCAUGAGCCCCACCUCCGAGAGAACCCUCAAGGUCAAAGGUCGGCUCACUCUCCAGGGGCUUAGGAACAUCAAGUGCAGGCCGUGACCUUGUGACCUGGUGACCUUGGUGACCUUGGUGGUAGUUUAUGCUGCACUAGGAUCAGCAAACACAAAUGGUGCAACAAACUGUGAUUGGCUCUACAGGGACAAAUGAACUGUGAUUCGCUCUACAGGGACAAAUGAACUGUGAUUGGCUCUACAGGGACAAAUUCAGACGCUGCACCUGAUACAGAACCGCAGUAUGGGACUGCACCUGAUACAGAACCGCAGUAUGGGACUGCACCUGAUACAGAGCCGCAGUAUGGGACUGCACCUGAUACAGAACCGCAGUAUGGGACUGCACAUGAUACAGAACCGCAGUAUGGGACUGCACAUGAUGCAGAACCACAGUAUGGGACGUGCCGAGACAGGCCAGAUGUAAGUGCUCUGCCUGUCAUUACAGGCAGGGGGCGCACUGCAGAACCGUCCUAAACGAGUGUUAAACUAGCGACAGCAAUUGCCCCGUUAUGUUUUGGCCUGAUGCGCCACCUUCUAUCUACUAAUCAAAAAGUCAGUAGUGUCUCGGCAUCUAUCUACUAAUCAAAAAGUCAGUAGUGUCUCGGCAUCUAUCUACUAAUCAAAAAGUCAGUAGUGUCUCGGCAUCUAUCUACUAUUCAAAAAGUCAGUAGUGUCUCGGCAUCUACUGUAUCUACUAAUCAUGAAGUCAGUAGUGUCUCAGCAUCCGGGUUGCCAGCUCUGCUCUAGUUACGACAGCUGCAGCUAUAGACGUGUCAAAUAAAAAAUGUGUAAAGUUUUGAAAGAACGUGAUUGCAUUACCAGCUUUGGCCACAAUACUGGUACACACUACAUACGGUUCCUCUAAGUCUGAUGCUCAGGUAGUAAGAGUGGGCUAUAAGAUAUUUUUUUCUUCGUUUUUCCUCAUUUUGUAUUACAGAAGCAAAUCUUUCACAAACAUGUCAAGAAUCUCAUCUUAUCUUACUUCAUCCUGUUACUGUAUGUCAGGGUUACCAAACAGUUAAGAGAGUACGAUUGGAUUGAGAGUUGGGAAGUUAUAGUAACAGUAGUCUUGCACUGAUAUUAUUACGGAUAUGAAUGUGUGGUGAGGCUGAAAUGCACGUACAAAAACGUGUAAAAACAAAUCACUUCCAUAGGUUACUGCACUGUGUGUUGUACUGUGUCAUAUUGUAAUUAUUUACUUACACUUAGCUAUAUGGUUUUAUACUAUUCAAAAUUAUUAUUUAUUUGAACUAGUACUACUAGUACAACACACUGAGAAUCACUUAAAAGUACUCCAUGAAACGUUUAUUUUAAUGAAAUAAAUGGGGUGACAAAAAAAUCUGUUUUUGAAAGUAAUUGAUUUUGUAUUUUUUUUUUAUUGAUGAUUGAGUGCACAGUACACUUGUAUUCUGUAUUGUACAGUAUUUGUAUUGUAAGAAUCUGAAAUGGCUUGUAACGGGUCAAAAUGGCUUAUUUCAGUAGCCUACACAUUUGAAUCUUAAAACGAUAACGAUAGUGAAGUCUAGUUCAGCCUCUCUGAGUUCACAUUGCUGUGAAAAGUCAUGUGGCUGACUUGGGGCCACUCUACCUUGUCUGUGGACAUCGUUCUUUGCUGGAUAAAAAAAUAGCGUGCGACAGAGGAAAAGUGCUUUAGUGUUGCUUUAAUCUAGUGCAUGUUCUGCCAGUCAGUGUACUCUAGUCUAGUGCAUGUUCUUCCUGAGUUUCAGUGAUGUGAUUCACACAUCUUCUACAACUGCUCUCAAUGUUUAGCCUUGAGGACACAAUAAGACAUUUUUGUGCGAUUUUCUCAUUUAUAUCAUUGAUUUGAUUUAUGUAUGGAUAAGAGUUUGUGCACCAGGCAAUUGAUUUAAUACAUACAUGUGUGUAAUUAAUUCUAAAUAUAUAUUCUUAUUUUUUAUAUAAAUAUUAAAAAGUGAUUAAUUAAAAUCUUUUCUGUUAAUAAUACCUUCACAUUUACUGUGACCACACUUCUUUCAUACCAUGAAAAAUAAUUACAGAUCAAAAUCAGAAUGCGUUAGAAGCUCGCAUGUUUAACAUAAAUACGAUCGAGAUCAGCUGAUGUAAUUAUGAAUGCCAUUGGCACAUGUUUGCCACAUAUGUAAUUAUGAAUGCCACACGUUUCCUCGAGCUAAUGAACCAGUUCCAGAAAGAGGAAGGCUGUGGAUGGGACUACGGGUUCACCUGUUUGUUCAUGAGGAUGUAUA